AUGCGGCCCAAAGGGCACUUCUCGCGGAUCGACACUUUGGAGCUACAGUCUCAGAUCCUCAGGAAGCUUGGGCGACCAAAGGCCGAGAAGUACUUCUUUCAUCUGAAAAGAUUUCUCAACUUCAAGAUGAGCAAGCGUGAGUUCGACAAGUUAUGCCGAGUCACGAUAGGAAGGGAGAAUGUCACGCUUCACAAUUUGUUCGUCCAGUCAAUCCUUAUGAACGCAUGUCUCGCCCAUGCCCCACCAGACAGAGACAUCAAUUCACCACAUUCCUGGAUCUCCAAGAUCUCCAAUGGAUCAUUUGGGGUCACAUUAUCACCAUCAGCUGGCAAGGGCAAGCCUUUGAAUAACCUAGAUCGGAAGUUCAAGGAUCGACUGAGUCCACUUGGACUUCAUAGUCAGGUACCUUCUGGAAGCAUACAGGAAAUAAGUGGUUCUUGUGAUAUUCGAUUCCUAAGAGAGCAGCAGGGUGGUCCGGAGUUGAUUUCAGUUGGCAGCAAAGCUCCUCUGGAGUUUGGUUCUGUGGAAGAUGGGGAAGAGGUUGAACAAGUAAGAGACAGUCCAUGUGUUCAAAGUAGAAGCCCCAUAAGGGCUCCUCUUGGCAUUUCAACCACUGCUGGUGGUUUCUCUAGAAAAUCUAUUUGCAAACGACCAACAUCUGGUUUCCACCUCCCCAAGCCAUAUAUUCAAGAUGGCUGCCAAAGCUGUUCUGAGCUCCCUGAUACUGCUACCUUACGGACGCGGUUGGAGCACAAGGUAGAGCUGGAGGAUCUUAGAUUGUCAGCAGAAUGUGCCAACCUAUUGAACUCUGGCUUGGAUGCAUUCUUGACGAGGUUGAUCAAACCCUGUGUGGAGUUGGCAAGAGCAAGGUGCAGCAAUGGACUCACCGACCAUGCAAAUGGGAGCCUGGUCUCUGAAAGAAGCAGUUUGCAGCAAAAGGAACAUGAACAGAUAUUGAAUAAGUCUCUCCUUGUAUCCCUGCUCGACUUUAGGAUAGCCAUGGAGUCCAACCGUCAAUGUCUCGGGGAAGAUUGGCCACUACAGCUUGAGAAGAUUUCUUUCCGUUCAUUUGGUGAGUAA